AGCUGACAAGAUGCUCCCAGCUAUAGCAAUCCUGCUGACCUGCUUACUGUGUGCUCUGCUAUAUGUGAGCCUCUUCAGGAGAACCAGGCGACCACAUGAACCCCCACUGGACCGUGGAUUUAUCCCCUGGCUGGGUCACGCGCUGGAAUUCGGAAAAGAUGCUGCCAAGUUCCUGUCACGAAUGAAGGAAAAACACGGAGAUAUAUUCACAGUCCAAGUAGCUGGAAGAUUUAUCACUGUGCUGUUGGACCCAAAUUCUUAUGAUGCUGUUGUUUGGGAAUCACAGAGCCGUCUCGAUUUUGGCAAAUACGCCAAGGUUUUAAUGGAGAGAAUGUUUGACGUUAAUUUGCCAAACUACGACAUGACGGCAGAGAAAGCUGUAUUGAAAAUACACCUGCAAAACACAAAUCUACCAAGCCUGACAAAGUCCAUGUUUUAUAAUCUGAACAAUAUAUUGGGAGACAAAAUGUCCUCGGCUGCUGAAUGGAAGGAGGAAGGGUUAUUCGAUUUUACUUACAACGUGAUGCUCAGAGCCGGGUAUCUCACACUUUUCGGCUCAGAGUCCGAUCAGUCCAAUUCCCACCGUAACACGGCGGACAUCCAGCAUUCCGAGGAGGUUUACAAAGAAUUCCGAAAAUUGGAUCAACUCCUGAUGAAGGCAGCACGCAACAUGUUAUCCGCAGAACAAAAGAAGGAUUCUGCGUCUGCAAAGAGCCGUCUCUGGAAGCUCCUGGACAGUGAAAAACUCAAAAGGAAAGCGAUGAAAAGCGGCUGGAUAGAGAGUUAUCAGCGCCACCUAGAGGACGCACGGGUUACUCCAGACAUGCAGUCAAAAGCCAUGGUACUUCAGCUGUGGGCGACGCAGGGUAACGCUGGCCCGGCUGCAUUCUGGAUGCUCCUGUUUCUGUUAAAGCAUCCUAAAGCCAUGACUUCCGUCCAAGAGGAAUUAGAAAAGGUUUUUAAAAGCAACGGACGCACGAUAAAACGAAUGGAGGACGUCAGCCAAGAGAUCUUAGACAGCACCAUCGUCUUUGACAGCGUACUAAAUGAGAGUUUGCGCCUGACAGCGGCCCCAUUUAUCACAAGGGAAGUCCUUCUGGAUAUGUCUCUCAAACUGGCAGAUGGCCGGGAGUAUCGGCUGAGGAACGGAGACAGGCUCUGUCUCUUCCCGUAUGUGAGCCCCCAGAUGGACCCAGAAAUUCACCAGCAGCCUCAGAAAUUCCAGUACGAUCGAUUCCUAAACGCUGACAGAUCUGGAAAGAAGGAUUUCUACAAAAAUGGAAAGAAAGUGAAACAUCCCAGCAUGCCUUGGGGGGCCGGGAGCAAUGUCUGUACCGGGAGAUUCCACGCCGUCAACAGCAUCAAACUGUUUGUCUUUCUCCUCUUUUUCUACUUUGAAUUCAAACUUAAUAACCCCAAAGACAAUAUGCCCCAAUUUGACCGAAGUCGAUAUGGAUUUGGAGUGCUACAUCCUGACAGUGAUAUCGUCUUUCGAUACAGAAAGCGUUUUUGAGCAAAUCGGACGACAAUAUCGAAAAUAUCAGACUGUGACAUAAGAAAACUGGGUGAAAAGGGAAAAAAAUGGGUUUGUGGUUGCAAAUGAUUCCCCAUUAUUUUAAAACAAUUAUUAUAGAGAUGAAAUGUCUAUUAAAUUCACUGGAAUACAAAAGACACAUUGAAGGGAAAACACGUCAACGUGAAACAUGUUAUCUCACCUUCAAAGAAACUAAAAUGUGAAAGAAGUAUGACAUUCUGGGAGAUGGAACAUUAUCAAACAAACUUUGUGUUCCAGAAGGAAAAAGUUAUUUUUUUUUUGUCUAGACUAUUUAAUUUUCAAUUUUUGGGAUGUGUCACGCUGAGCAAGUGCCAAGUAUCCCAUCAAUGAUUCCUUAAGCGCAGAUGGCGUCAGAAUGUGCAUGGGAGCUUGGAGACGGUUUCAGGGGAGCGGAAUAAAACUGGAGGGGCAAAAAUUAAUUUGGGGUUUUUCAAACACUUUCUAUAAUAAGUAUUG